CUGACGCUGUGUAUAGUGUACCAGUAUGUUCUGUAGUCUCAUACUGUAGUAAUUGUCGUAUGUAUUAUCUAUGUUUAUUGUUUACUUACUAAACUCGAAAAAAUGCAUUAAACCAGAGAAACAAAUUCCGGAAAUUUCAAAGAAAGAAUCAAAAUCCAAUAAAUAUAUCGAAGUAUUAUAUAAUAUAAUACUUAUUGUUUAAAAAAAUCGUCGAUUUGCAACCACAAUUCUCCUACUUCCUGUGUCCUACGUAUAGCAAAAUAAUUUUUGUAGGCUGAAAAAAAUACAUUUUUUUUUACUUUUGACGAUUAUUAUGUUACAAUUGCUUUACUGAAAUGGUGAAUAUAUGCAGAAUUUGCUUAGAUAAAGCUGGGACUAUUUCUCUUUAUGCUGCGCAACCAAAUGAAAUUCAGUACUGUACUAAACUGGCACGAUUUAUAAAUGUAUCAAUGAAUGAAGACGACGGUUUUCCUACACAUAUCUGUGAAGAUUGUGUAGUAGAGCUUAACACCUGUUAUAAAUUUGUGCUUAAAUGUGAGGCUUCAGAAAAAGCUUUAGAAUGCUUGAACCCUGAGAAUUAUGAUUAUCAUUAUGAUUUAAAAAUUGAAUCUGAUGAUAUUAAUACUGAAGAAACAAAUUUCACUGUUGCAGACAGAUGUGUAGAUCAAAGUGCAGCUGUUAAACUUUUUCCAGACACUGUAAAUGUUAUAAAAGAAAGUAAACAUGAAGAAUGUAAGGUGAAAAAAACUCGAAAGAGGCUUAGCAAUAAUGCACAAGCACAGUGUGUGGUAUGUGGACUACUUGCUAAAAGCAAUUCAGCCCUUGAGAUACACAUGCGUGUUCACACAAGAGAAAAACCAUUCAUAUGUGAUCAAUGUGAUGCUAGAUUCACAUGCAAAGGUAAUUUAAAACGCCAUAUAGAUGUCUAUCAUUCUGUCAGAGAACGCAAGUUCACUUGUGAAAAGUGUGGAAAUAGUUUCUUUAGUAAAAAUGACAUCAUAACUCAUAUUCGUGUUCACACUAACGAAACACCAUUUGCUUGCAUGUACUGUCCUAAGAAGUUUAAACAGUUAACAUCAAGAAAUCGCCAUCAAACCAUUCAUACAGGAUUGAAGCCUUAUGCUUGUCCCCUAUGUAACAAGAAGUUUGCUCAUCGAAAUCUGGUGGUAAAACAUCAAAGUGUCCAUAGUGAUGAAAGGAAAUUCACAUGUCACCUGUGCAAUAAAUCCCUGAAAACUAAGUCAAGCCUCAGAGUGCAUAUGAGCUUGCAUCAAAGAGAGAAAAAAAACAUCUGUAGUAUUUGUGGGAUGUCAUUCUCCAUGAAAGGGAAUCUACAGAAUCAUAUAAGAAGAGUUCACUCAGAGAAAUCGGGUCAAUGCAAUGUCUGUAUGAAAACAUUUUCUAAUCUGGAAGUACAUAUGAGGCGGCACACCGGAGAGAGGCCCUAUGUUUGUCCUAUUUGCAAUGUAGCCUUCGCCCUUAAAGGUGCAUUAAAGUACCACAUGUUUUUCAAACACGAGAGCUGUAAUAAAUUUAAGUGUACAAUGGAUGAAUGCAAAAAGACUUUUCCAACAGCAUAUAUAUUAGAGUGCCACCUGUUGAAGCAUCAUUCAAAGAACACACCCUAUGUUUGCCCAUACUGCCACAAGGGAUACUACCGCACUAGUGAUCUCACAAGGCACAUCAAAACUCACAAGUUUGAUGUUUAGACCUAUAUGUAUAUGUAUAGGUACAUGUACAUUCUUAUUGAAAGACUGAUUAUAAGUAACAUUUAUAGUGUAGAAUGCAAUACUAGUUAGUGUGAAAUAAGACAACAAUUUGUAAUCCUGUUUGCUUAGAUCUCAUGUCUUAUAUACUGUAGUAAAAGGAGUGUUAAAGUAUGAGCAUAAUGCAUUAGUUACAUUCAUGCUAUUUAUAGGCUUAUGUAUAAGAUAUUUAUUGCUAAAUUAUA